AUGUCUUCACUAACCACAUCCUUCAAACAGACAGCUACUUCUGCUCAGCUCCCUUCCCUUCAUGGUUCUUCAACCCGUGGAGACACCACGCUUCAUUUUAACAGCACAGGCUCUCUUAAAACGACACCCAUAAGCCAUAGCCCAACUGUGCAGACAGCCAGCGAGUCUCCAGCCACAGCACAACCCACUCACACAACCGCCCAGGCAGCAGCAACCACCACACAAGCAGGUGAGGAGACAACUCCGACGGUGCCAACCACAACUGCAGCAGGGGCAGCUGGUUCCUCUUCAAAUGGUGCAGGAGGAGGGGAUGCAGGAGGAACGACCAACAGAACUGUACACCUUAUGUGCACAACCACUCAAGCUGUGACAAAUGACAGCACAGAAACGACUGGUGUAGCUACCAACACAACUGGAAAGCCUACACAGACAAACAACCAAACAGCCGUUGUCAUAUCUAUUACAACCGCCAAAAAGACUACAGUAAAGACCACCCAAGGGUCAACUAAUCAAACGACAGCAACAACCACGGCCGUGGCCAACACAACAACUGUUCACACAAGGAACCAAACAACCAUCCCACCUACUACAACAACAGUGAGACCCACUCUCGCCCCUCAGCCUUCUCCCAUCCCCACGGGUACCUACACUGUUCGUAAUGGAAGCACGACCUGCAUCAGAGCAGUGAUGGGUUUGCAGCUGAUAGCUCAAAAUAUCCAGAAGAAGCAGACGGAGUACACGAACAUCAAUCCCAACAAGACACAAAUAUCUGGAAGCUGUGGGACGCUGCAGUCUGCUCUGAACAUAACUUUCAGUGGUGGCUUUAUAAACUUUGUCUUUGUGAAGAAAACACGAACCUACUAUGUCAGUGUAAUCGAGGCCAGCUUACAGUCUGAAGGUAUGCUCUACUACGCAGCCAUACAGGAGCAGAUGUUUACAACCAAGCUGGGGAAUUCCUUCAAAUGUGCCAGCAAGCAAGUCUUCAGCUUGGAGAAGAGCUUCCAGCUGCUCACUGUUAACAUGCAGCUGCAGGCCUUCAAUAUUGUCGGGAACCAGUUUGGAAGAGAGGAAGAAUGUUAUCUUGACAGAAACAGCAAAGUAGUUCCCACUGCAGUGGGCCUCAGUAUCUUGGGAUUAUUUGUCAUUGUGCUCGUCACAUUUGUGAUUUCCAGAAGAAAGCCUACUAGAGGAUAUGAACGCAUCUGAGUUGCCUUUGCACUUCCAAAUGUGUGCAGCAAGUAGAGAAGUUGCAAGAGUUUUUGCAUUUACCUACCAAUCUCACUGCCCUUGAAGCCUGAUUUUUAAAUGGGAUGAUACUGUGUGUUUAAAACUGGUAUUUCUGGAGUGAUUUCCUUAAGGUGGGACGGGGAGGAUGCACCAUCUACUUUAGGCUAUACUUAGCUUCAAAUUUAGAUGUAGUUCUGAGGACCAAAGUUAGGAGCCUAAAUUUCUCAUAUUACCAAUAACAGAGGCAACUCAGACUUCCUAGGUUAGAUGCCUAAAGGUAGGCUUCAAGCUUAACCAUGAGUAUCCCCUGUAAAAUCCACCAAUUUUCCUAAAUAUGGCAUUCAGACCUACUAAAAUAGAUGAGUCCAGUAAUAUAUGACUUCCAGGUAAGUAUAUGAGACAUGUGCACCUACAGACAACCCUGCUAAAACCUCGUGGGAGCACUAUGUAUGCUAAUGUCUUUGGACAACUAUGAGUAUGAUUUUCAUUCAUAUACAGAAGUUAAAUUUAAGAAGUUAUUGUUCUUUCUUAGUCAGGUCCUUGGAGGGACACAGUGGACAUAUGUGUCUCUCACUUCAGGGGCAGUAUUUUUAGAAAACCUCCUAGUUUCCAUUGACUCUGUAUCCAAAUGGGAUACAGUGACCCAUGUGGAGUCAUAUGGAGUCUGUGCAAAAGUUACGGUGACUGUCACUGAGUGCAGCAUCUGUCACUCUGUUGAAAUGACAGCCCUGUGAUCUCUCCCAAUCCAGUGAGAUCCCUCUCAAAGCUCUAUCCAGCGUGUUUGUUACUGAGCAGCUACAUUUUCAUAUGGAAAUAAUUUGGAGUUGCUUUAAAGCACAGUAAUUGUAAUGCUCUGUAGUCUCUUUCCUGCUAAACGAAUAAUGAAGGCGUAUAAUUUGUAACUGCUUUUCAGAUGAUGUUCAG